AUGAACGAACUGGGUUAUGCGUCUCAUCCUCCCCCCGAGCCCGACUUUUGGAUCUACUUCGCCAGCUACCUUCGCAACGCCUGGGUCCAGUGGGCCAUUGUCUUCGUCCCUUUCCUUAUGUUUGCCCUUUACCUCAAGUUUACUAUGCCGACUGUGCCAACCAGUGAAAAGGAACGCCACGAGGAAGAAGCCCAUUUUGGAGAACCCAGAAGAGACAUGAAGAGGAGGAAGCCCAUUUCGGCCAAGCCAGAGGAGACGUAA